AUGAUCUUCGCUCGCAUCCUUUUCAACCGCCUCAAUAACCAUCUGGAACAGGGCCUUCUGCCGGAAAGACAAUGCGGCUUCCGUCAUCAUCGUGGGACCACGGAUAUGAUCUUCGCCGCCCGUCAACUUCAGGAGAAGUGUCAGGAGAUGCGGACCCACCUGUACUCUACCUUCGUGGACCUGACGGAAGCCUUUGACACGGUGAAUCGUGAAGGAAUGUGGAAGAUCACGUAG